AUGGUUUUCAACGCCCUUUAUCGGGCACAUUGUCGGAAAGCCUGGGAAAGGGGAGACGCUGAAAUAGUUUGCAAUAAAGUUUUGCACCGCUUCAUCGGGGGCUUUGUUCAAUUGAGGUCCAAGGUCUCAGCAGACAUUCGUCACGAAUCGCUAGUUCAGUUCCACCGCCGAUGGGGGGGUUUGCAUUCAACAACAACUUGCUUUGCUUGCAUGUGUGGACCACCAGAGCAUAUGCUGCCUUGCAGGCAUGCAAUCUGUGAUAACUGCGUUGUCAUAUAUGGAACUAAAAGUCCCCGUACGGAGUACCAUAUCAACCUACCGAAAUGCCCUAUCUGUGAUAAGGCAGUGAAUCUCACGAUUCGUCAACUUCCACCAACCAAGGGGCCAAUCGUGUUAAGCCUAGAUGGGGGAGGGGUUCGUGGUAUCGUUCAAUUAGGGCUUCUGCGAGCACUAGAAAGGCGGAUUGGCGGAAUAUCGAUAGCACACAUCGCCGAUUUAUUUGCCUGGACAAGUGUUGGUAAGAGCAUCCGUGACAAUGAAGAAUGCACCUGUGAUUGA